AUGGCCGGAGAACAACAUAGCGAUCACAGCCGUCCCCUCGUCAACUACAACAUGGACGACGGCCCGCCAUCCCAUGAAGCGGACGUUCGGGACGGUCAUCCAUCCACCCCGUCUCCAGAGCCCCAAAACAACGGAGAUGCCUCUCACGCCCACAAUUUAGGGGCAGAGACAUUUCAUCCCAUUCCCGUUCCCGUUGAAGGAGACGCCGUAAUGAUUGCCAUGGUGAAUGCCCUCAAUCAAGCCGGUUCUAUGCUCCACCAGCAGCACGAACGAAUCACGGCCCUCGAAGCCGAACGACAAGAAGCCCGGCCCCAGCCGGUGAGUAGGAUACAACAGCGUUCGGAGCCAACGAAGAAGCGAGGACGUCGCUCUCCCGAACCCUACGCCAGCAGGGCACGCGCCCGUCGUGACGGUGGUCGAGCGAGAACAUCACCAAGGCGCGGGCACAGCCCCGACAACAACGAACUGUCUCCCUUAAGGAGCGAUGAGGAAGAUUUGCAUUGCCCCCUAUCUCGGGCAAUAAUGGAGGCCCCGCUCCCCAAAGGCAUGGAGAAACCGCCAAACCUAGCUGUGUACGACGGGACUACAGAUCCCGACGAUCACGUCGACAACGUCAACGCGAUGCUCGACUACCGCAAUGAUAUAACCGGGCACCUCAAAUGCCGACUGUUCUCAACGACCCUCAGGAAAGGGGCCAUGGCCUGGUACAAAAGCUUGGCCCCUGAGUCCAUUACGUCAUGGAGAGUCAUGAGGUCCAUGUUCACCCGGCACUUUACAGCUUCCCGUCGUCACCCCAAGACUGAGGCGACCCUUGAAGCCAUAGUGCAGAAGAAGAAUGAAACACUGCGCUCAUACAUCGAGCGAUUCAACCAGGAAGCUGUCGAGGUAGAUACCACCGAGCACAUGAAGAAGUAUCUCCUCGAGAGAGGUCUCUUACCCGGCAGUGAACUUAGCAGAGCCGUAGGGAUCGAGCCUCCCCGCACCUUAAACGAGCUCCUGCAUAAAGCCCAGGCCUACAUCAGAUACGAGGAAAAGCAGGUGGCACACAAUGCCCGCAGCGGACGUAACGCUGGGGAGACCGAGCACUCAAAACGCGAGGACACGAGCAUUUCCCGUCGCAACGGAGACAAACGAAGAGAAGAAAGACCUCGCGAGCUCCGGGAAGGAAGAGGCCCCGCGGGCAGAUAUAGCGAGUACACCUUACUGACAGCUCCUCGAGAGCGUAUCCUCGCAGAAUGUAUCAACUCUGAAUUUAAGCAGGGCAGGGUCAGGUUCCCAAAACCGUCUGCACCAAAGCCCCACACCGACAAAUCAAAGUACUGCCGGUUCCACAGAAGUCACGGGCACGUGACCGAAGACUGCGUCCACCUGAAAGAUGCGAUUGAAAUUUUAAUCCAAGAAGGGCACCUGAAGCAAUACACGAGGAAGAACGAAGCUCCCAGACACGACGAGCCAGAGAAGAAGAGACCCCGGGAAAACACACCCCCUGACAACUCUCCCUAUCAAGUGGCCCUCUGCGUGUCACGACCGGAAGAUUUCUUCCUCCCCGAACCAUUACCCGAGGGCAAGAUCACUGCACUCAGCCCCUGGGAAGACUUCCCUACCACACUGGUGAUAUCAGGAGGAGGAACUAACGGGGAAUCCGCGGCCCUCUCCGUCAAACGUAAGUUCGACGAACUCCUACUGACUGCCCCCGAGCAGAAAGCGACAUUGACAAAAUACCGGGGAAAAUCCAACCCAAUAUCCUUCUUCCUGGAGGAACUCCCGGGCGGAUCCCCGAACUCGGCCAUCCCACUAUUGAUAAGAGCAAAGAUGGCCCGAUUCGACGUACGACGCAUCCUGGUCGACGAAGGCAGCUCAGUGGAUAUCAUGUACGUCCACCUCUUCAAGACUCUGAAGCUAGACAAGACCAACUUAGCCCCCUACGUCGGAUCAGAUCUCCAAGGAUUCAACGGAGCAACAACCAGACCGUGGGGAUAUGUUGAGCUCCUCGUCACCUUCGGCGAACAAGAAACGGCCAGGGAAGUCAAAAUCCAAUUCCUGGUCGUAGACUGUCCGUCUCUCUACAAUUGCAUCUUUGGACGCCCGACACUGGCCGAACUCACUGCGGUCCCAUCCACCGUCCACCUGAAGAUGAAAUACUACACCAAAUUGGGACGUGUGGUCACCAUCCAUGGUGACAUCGAAGCAGCCCGACGAUGCUACGACGCCGCAGUAAAAGGACAGGCCGUAGUCAGCACGAAGAGCAACUGCAACAACAAAAAACUCAAGACCGAGGAUCCUGCCCGAGGAGUCAACGCCAUCGACCUCGACUGUCGCAUCGGGCUGGACGAGACCGAAGAGGGGAGGUUCCCCAAGGAACGCUCUCUCGAACACCCGGUCCGACCAAUCCCCGACGGGGAGUUCGAACUCAUUCCUCUUGGAGACGAUCCGGAAAGGACGGUGAAGAUAGGUAAGGGACUACCCGAGGAAACAAGAGAAGAGCUAGUAGCAUGCCUCAAAGAGAACUCCGACCUCUUCGCGUGGAAUGCCGCAGAAAUGCCCGGGCUGGACCCCGAGAUCGCGUGUCAUAAGCUAGCUGUAGACCGGGCAGCCAAGCCCAUAGCACAGCGUAGACGCAAGCAAUCGCCCGAAAAGGCAGAGGCUGCCGAGCGAGCUGUAAAAGACCUCUUAGAGGCAAAUUUUAUUUCUGAAGCCCAGUACACAACCUGGCUCUCUAAUGUAGUCCUCGUUAAGAAAAAUAAUGGAAAAUGGCGUAUGUGUGUUGAUUAUACUGAUCUUAAUAGGGCUUGCCCGAAAGAUGCUUUCCCCCUCCCUAAUAUAGACUCGCUCGUUGACAACUCUGCAGGUUUUAAACUCUUGUCCUUCAUGGACGCAUAUAGUGGAUACAACCAGAUCCCUAUGUCGCCCGCAGACAAGAAACACACAGCGUUCAUGACCCCAACGGGCAAUUACUACUACAACGUGAUGCCGUUCGGGCUCAAGAACGCUGGCGCUACAUACCAACGCAUGAUGAACAAAGUCUUCAAGGACGAAAUAGGGUUCAACCCCGAGAAAUGCACGUUCGGAGUCCGGGCGGGCAAGUUCCUCGGUUUCUAUCUCACCGAAAGAGGGAUCGAGGCCAACCCCGACAAAUGCCGGGCAUUCUCGGAGUUUCCGACCCCAAAAACCAAAAAAUCGAUCCAGUCACUCAAUGGAGUGCUCGCCUCACUCUCCCGUUUCAUCGCCAAGUCCGCCCAGCACGCAUUGCCAUUCUUCAGACUCCUUCGCAAAGAGGCUACCUUUGACUGGACCGAUGAAUGCGAACAAGCGCUACUCCAUCUAAAGAAGGUUCUGUCCCAACCCCCGGUCUUAUCACGGCCAUCAGAAAAGGAAACCCUAUACUUAUACCUAUCCGUGGCAACCGAGGCCGUCAGCGCCGUUCUAGUAAGAGAAACCGACGAAGGACAAAAGCCCAUCUAUUUUACGAGUAAAGCACUCCAAGGUCCCGAGCUCCGAUAUCAGCAAAUCGAAAAGGUCGCCCUGGCCCUCAUCAACACAGCGAGGAGACUACGAUAUUACUUCCUCGCACACACGAUAAAGGUGAGGACCGACCAGCCAAUCAAACAGCUGCUCGGGCGCCCGGAUAUGGCCGGGAGGAUGCUCAAGUGGUCAUUAGAACUCUCCGAAUUCGACAUACAAUACGAAAGUAGGAAAGCCUUGAAAGCUCAGGCGCUGGCCGACUUCGUCGCGGAGAUGACCCACUGCCCGACUCCAGCAGAAAGCGCCCACAAAUGGACGAUCUUCGUCGAUGGCGCCUCUAGCACAUCAGGCAGCGGGGCCGGGAUCAUCCUCGAAAAUGAAGAAGGGAUCCUGAUAGAGGUAUCGUUAGCGCUAGCAUUCCCAACAUCAAACAACCAAGCCGAAUACGAAGCCUUCCUCGCAGGCCUGAGGUUAGCCGACGACCUGGGAGCAAAAGAGGUAAAAAUAUCCACCGACUCCCAGCUCGUGGCCUCACAAGUGCGAGGAGAAUACCAAACCAAGAACGACAACCUCCUCGGGUACUUGUCCCUCGUCAAAGAAAAACUUGAUAGAUUUGAAAAAUGGGAAGUUCAACACAUACCCCGCGAGCACAACACACGGGCAGACGUUCUCUCGAAACUAGCCAGCACGAGGAAAAAGGGUGGGAAUAAAUCAGUAAUCCAAGAAAUUCUCCCGCGGCCCAGCAUCGACAAACUACCGCCUCCACUCGAGGUCAACGCUAUUGGAGAUGCCCACUGUUGGAUGACACCCAUCUACAAUUACCUCACACGAGACGAACUCCCGGCUGACCCGAAAGAGGCGGCCAUUGUCAAACGACGUGCAUGCUCACUCGGCGAGGCAAAGAGGGCAUGGGUCGAGGAGCUACAUAGCGUCCUAUGGGCCUACCGCACGACACCGCAUUCUACCACCGGGGAAACCCCGUUCCGACUAACUUACGGCACCGAGGCAGUCAUCCCGGUGGAGAUACGGACGCCAACGAGGAGGACAGAGGAGCCCCUAGACGAGGAAAUGAACGAUGAAACCCUUAGAGCCGAGCUCGACCUAGUCGAGGAGAUACGUUCCGAAGCAGCUCUCCGGGAAACAACCCUCAAACAAAAGAUAGCACUACGUCAUGACGCGAAAGUCAUAAAAAGAGAGUUCCAGGUCGGCACCCUGGUCCUCAGAAGAAACCAGAAAAACCCGAGAGAGGGCAAACUGGCGGCCAACUGGGAAGGCCCUUACCGCGUCCGCGACAAAACGAGCAACGGGGCCUAUUACCUAGAAAACCUACAAGGAGAACAACUCGCUCGACCAUGGAACGCAGAAAAACUUAGACAAUAUUACAGCUAA